AUCAGACACGAAACCGGCAGCCAGCCUCUCUCCCAUUCCUUAUAAAAGCAGACACAGUGCAGGACUCCGCUAGAUCUGGACAGAGGGUUACUCUUUCAAGGUUGAAACAGAGUACACCUGUGAAGAUGACUCCAUCAGUUUUCUUUGCUCUUCUGCUGGCUUGUGCUCUCCCAUUAAAUUCUGCUCAGUCAAGCUGCAAUGGGCAAUGUGGAGGAGAGUAUAACAGGGGUUACAUGUGCCAGUGUGAUUAUGACUGUCUCACUCACGAGGAGUGCUGUAUUGACUACGAAUCCCAGUGCACCACCAGUGACUCGUGUAAAGGGCGGUGUGGUGAAUCCUUUAAGAGGGGAAGGCUGUGUGACUGUGAUCCUGACUGUGCACGGUACAAAAAGUGUUGCCCAGACUACAACAGCCAGUGUGGCAUAGAAGAGCCAGAACCAGAGCCUCCCCAGAGCCUCCAACCAACUGAGGAGCCAGAGAUGACUCCCAAUCCACAGGAGGAACUAAGUGAAGAUUUGUCAGACGACCAGCCUAUGCCAUUGUUCACCCCAGAACCAGAAAUCCAGGAUGAACAGGAAGAUGAUGUGAAGGGUGAGACCUGGCCAGAUCUUCCUGUUCCCUCUCCUGAUACUGGGUCAGAGGAUCCAGAGGCAAGCCCUUACCCAGAGGACCCUGAAGCUGGUCUGGUGGAUCCAGAGGUGACCGCUAACCCAGAUGACCCUGAAGAAACCCCUGCCUCAGAGAGCACCGGCGGGUCAGAGUUCUCACCAACUGAGCCAGCCUCUUCAGACCCCUUAGACCCCACGCUUAACACUAACCCCCAACCCACAGAUACAGAGGAUGACCCUGAGAAAGAGGCCAUUUUAAAGGGGGACUACACACCCUUCCCUGAGGAAUUGGAUACAGAAGCAACACCAGGCUCAGAAGGAACCCCACCAGCAGCCAACCCCAACCCCUCUACUGCCGAACCAGCCAAUGAGACCCCCGCUGAGGCAACAGACUCCAGUGAUCCUGAGGGACAGCCUUAUUCCAGCAGCAGCCCAUCUGCAGCCGACCCAACUCUCCCUAGGUCCACCUCUGAGCCCACCCCCGCCUCCCCAGUUGCCCCUCAGUCCUCUGACCAGGCUUCCCCGAGCUCAGAGCCCCAGCCCGGGCCUACUCCUGCAGAGGACACCCCUGAACUCCUACCUGAAGGACUUAGUGAAUUAGACCCUGAAGGUCAGGAGGCAGAAUCUAAGAACACAGUGCCAGAUGAAUCUGAACCCACACCAUCGAACCUACAGGAUCCCAAUGUGGCCUCCGAGGCACCAGCAUCUGAGAGUGGUCCCGAGUCCAAACCUGGUAGAGAGGCCACCCCAAAUAAUUUUAAUGACAACAGUGUCCCCCAGACUGGAGAUCUGGCUACGCGUCUCACAAUAGACCCAGCGGGACAAGAGGAAGGAGAUGAGGCAGCACCAGAGGAGACCACAAGCAACUCCAUGAAGCUCAGUCCCGCCCCCACUCCCGUCCCCGUCCCCGUCCCCGUCCCCACCACCAAACCACCCCAAAACAAACUCACUGAGAAAAUCAAGCCUAGUAAACCCACAGAGAAACCUAAGCCCAAAUCCACCCAGCCAAACACCCUCACGGAUAUCAACCAAGCUCUGGGCACAGAAAACUCCAGGGACUACCAAGCAGAUGAACACAACGACACCAACAUCUGCAGCGGUCGUCCUGUUGGUGCGGUCACUACGCUGAGGAAUGGGACCGUGGUGGUUUUCAGAGGACACUAUUUCUGGGUCAUGGAUAGUAACAGGAUGCCUGGACCUGCCCAUCGGAUAACAGACGUGUGGGGAGUCCCUUCUCCCAUUGACACCGUCUUCACCCGCUGCAACUGCCAGGGCAAGACAUACUUCUUCAAGGGUGCUAACUACUGGAGGUUUGAAAACAGCAUGAUGGACAUGGGCUUCCCCAAGCUGAUCAGUGUGGGCUUCAAUGGGCUGCGAGGUCAGAUUACGGCUGCCCUGUCUGUGCCUGAGUACCGCAAGAGGAAAGAGUCUGUCUACUUCUUCAAGGGAGGUGGCUUGGUGCAGAAGUAUUCCUACCAGUCUGGCACCAGCCCUACAUGUAACAGGAAGGCCCACAACUCUGUUUAUACCGUACACAACCGUGUUGCCAGACAAGCAGUGUCUCUACUGGGACAGGAGAUCAACAUCCGUCUGACCUGGAGAGGCUUCCCCUCCACCGUGACCUCCGCCGUGUCCAUCCCCACCCACAGGAAACCUGAGGGAUACAACUACUACCUCUUCUCACGCUCCAAAUACUACAACGUCAAUAUGAGAGAUGAACGGCCUUUCAUAGCUACUCCUCCCGUGAGCGCCACUCCCCAGAAGAACUCAGCCAAAGACUUUUUAAACUGUCCAAAGGAAGUCUGAGAAAAAACAGCCAGGAAUAUCAAAAACCGAUUGAGUCACACAAACUUUAUUAGUCAUAAAAACCAACAACACAAUGCUUUUGUAAGCGGAGUCCUUGCUAACUUUAAGUAUAAAAAAACAUGAUUAAUCAUAACAAUGAAAUGAUCUGUGAUCAUCAUGACUAGAACCGAUUCUAAAACGCGAUAUGUCAUUUCGAUUAAUGGUGACCGCGGGUGUUCUCUUUGGAACCAUGGUGACCAAUCUUGUAGUGCCAUGGCGAUGAUGUCAGGGCAGGAGCUCUGAUUGGUUGUUCAUCUGGCGAAUCUCCUCCCUGUCCCAGUUACACCCCGUGAUGGCAACAUCCCUGGUUCCCAUCAAAAGACACAUACUGAUGAGACAAUGGUCUGCUUUACCAAUGUAAAAACAAAUCACAUUAUAUAAUAUAUAAUGCAAAGACAAUGCUAAUGUAACAAUUUUACAUUAAAUGUUUUAUCUUGUGACUAUUAAAAUUGCUUUAACAUCAA